AUGGAUUUCCUGACCAAGGACCUCCUGUUGAAAAAACGCACCUCAUUUUCUUUCCUCUUCGGUUCAAAAAAACCGACCUUCGCCCUUCACGAUGACAACCUUGAUGACCAACCUCCACGAUACUAUGAUCUUUCCCCCCAGAAACAUAAUGACAAUGCCACCGCCCAAAAUGAAGCUGAAGAAGAUGAAGAUAUGCUCUUGAGCACCCGCCAAGAGCUCUCCCCCGAGUUGGAAGCUCAAGUCCGCUACGCCUGCUCACUGCUCGUUUAUCGCAUCGAGCAAGGGAUUUCCUCCAAUUACUGCCCCAAUCGCGCCAAAGAAGCGGCUGCAGCCCGAAAGAAACGUAUCUCCACUAUCACAGCCACCUCUACCCUUUCAGGGAGCAGUGCGGCCGCGGCUGCGCAGGUUGAGGCGAAGUACAUGUUGUCCAGCACCACCAAGAAGCUUCGCAAUGGGAUGAUUGGACGAUUCGGAACUGGGAUCUUUGCUCGGGAUGGAAGCGAGAAACACGAUUCUGGGGUUGGGUUGACACAGCAACCGAGUAUAGCGACAAUGAGACAGGGGCAACGGUCCAAGCUGGGAUCCUCGCACUCAAAUUAUACCACGGCGCACCGCGAGGACUGCCCCAAAGCUGAAAAGUCGCAGGUGGGAGCCACUGCGGCUGUCGCUUGGGGAGAAGAGAGUAUGAUUGUCAGUCCGAUCUCACCAACCGCACCCGAGGGGGAAGAGGAUGUCAUCAUCAGCCCGAUCACAGUAUCGACCACGACCACGACCACGACGCAGUCAGAAACCACGGUCUACAGAACCGUGCCGACAAGCCUCUCGCCAACGGACAGUAGUAACAACGGGACGAGCAGCGAAGAUACGAGCCCGACCUCGUCCGUCGACCACAACCAACAGCACAUCCACCACCAAUUCUUAGCCCGGGGAGCAGCUGCAGCGAAAGGGGACGCAAAAAAGCCCUGCCAACGCGACCAAGACACCGCCGCUUUCCUGUCCCCAACUGACCCGGUGCCGAACCAACACAAUCUUUCCGCGUCCACAGACGAGAGCCCCGACGCCACCAACGACUCCGACGUCGAGGUGUUCCUUGAUGCCGACACUGCCGCGGAGUAUAUCACCUCCUCCGCAGGUGGAGUCGGCGGCGUAGGCGUAGGCCCCGGAGGUGUGGCGAUGCCUCUCCUGACAACCAGCACCCCCAGCCUCGGCCUCACAUCCACGAACACUACUUCCGUCCGGCAAUCGAGAGUCUACAACCCGCCUGCCGCUGCUACGGGAUCUUCCAUCCUCAUCACCGAAGCAGAGAUCACCGGUAACGAGGAAGAGGACACCUCCACCUCCAAGCCCAAGCGCCACUCCACAUACACACCAACAUACCCCGCCCACCUCCCCGACGAUGAGACACUCUCAGGAACAGAGGGCGGCGAAGACGAGCCCCCGACGAUAAUCGACACGAACGGCAACGCCCACAUCAUGACCUCGGCCGAAGAGCUCGAGCGGGAUCUCGGUCUUCAGCAGGCGGUGAUGACCAAGAUGAAGACGGGGAGUAUCCUUCUCCUCUCCUCUUCGUCCUCAUCCUCCUCCCCCACCACCGGGGGCAUAGACAGUACGGAACGGACUCACGUCAACCGUCGCGAACCCACCACUGAGAGUGGGUACACCGGUGACGAUGCUCCGACAACAACCCUCCCCUGCCUCCCAGAACCAACACACACCGUCCCGCCGCGUCGACCGGGGACCAGCGCAUCGCGGUUAAAGACCUCCUGGUCGGCUCUCAGCCACUCCACGGCGUCUGUAUCAGGGAAACUGCGACGGCGGUUCCGACGACAUGAAGAGGAUGAUGACGACGACUCGGUACUUGAGCUGGAGACGGAGAGUCGUCGGGCGAUGUCGACACCAACGACACUGUUUAGACGACUAGCGGGUUGGCUGACUGGCCGAGGAAGUCCCAGGGAAAAGGAUGAGGAGAACCACCUCCCCAGAAUGUCGUCGGGUCUCGAAGGGGUGCUGCCGUAUCAGGGCACGUGA